UUGGCAGAACUCACAGAAAACAUUGGGCUUCCUCUGGAACUGCUUGAAAAACAAGACCCCUGGCCAGCCUAUGUCACAUAUACCUCCCCAAUGGUGCAAAGACUCAUUGAGAAAAGCAAAGUUAGAGAACUGGAAUGCUCCCAGGCUCUGGAGGAAAGCCGAAGGACUCAUAGGCAGAGCAAGGCGUCCAGCAUGGUCCAGCUGAAAAGGAAAAAGUCAUCCAAGAACUCUAGCAAAAUGGCAUUCAAGGACUCGAAGUCUGAGGCCCUGUUGUCGGUGUGGAGUGCUUUUUCGACAUCAGCCACAGGUCCCAUCGUCAUCCCAGAGCCCAAACCCUAUCACAUGGAUUCCAGAGAAAGUCCCACUGCAAGCUUUAACAAGAUCAUCUUCUCUCGAAAACCUCUGAUGAGGAUGCUUCCAUAUAGCUCCCUUCUGGCCAGCAAGGAAAAACAUUUAAAUGUUUAGCAAGCAGUCCCUGCAACAACCCCUCAAGAUUGUACAGAAAUUAAGCUUCUUUUGCCACAAGUUUCACUAUGUCCUUCAAGGCCGAACUUGCCCCUGCUCAGGCUGAGAAGCCCAAGCUCUAGUUCCCACUAUCAAUUUGUGGGACCUAACUGUGUGUAAACUAGGCUGUGUCCAGACAGGAGACAGAAGUCACACCAGUGAUAUUAUUAGAGAUAAUUGAAUAGAAAGAAUUAUUAUCCAGGUAACUGAAAACACAGGAAGCAGGUAUCACCUCCAAGGCCGCGGGUGGACAGGACAAAGGGAAGCUAUUGGACUACCUAAAAGUGAGACAGUUGGAGGGGUGUUGGCUGAAUCCUAGGCUCCCGAGGUGAG